AUGUCUACCGCUUCUACUUCUGCACCAUCUACUCCUAUUAAUAACAUCAAAAAUCUCGCAUAUAAUAUUCUAAAAACCUUCAAGGAUGGUUUUAUUAAGUGUAAAAAAAUUACAGAACUAGGACCAUGCUCCGAAUGUGGCAAUGACAUUUUAAUAUCUCCUCUUAAGGCAUUCACAUACCUAAUAUGUGGACACCUUUUUCAUAGACUCUGUAUCGAAAAAAAGCUUUUACUUACUGUUCCAAACACAUGUCCAUUCCCGGGUUGUGGAAAGAAUGUGGAAAUAUUAGAUCAAGCUAAUCCCCUUGGUACUGUUUCCAAUUUGCCGUUAACUGAUUCCAAGGAGGCCUCCCAAUCAACUAGAAUUUCACCUUUGAUGGACGAAACAUUUGUACUAUCUUCACCACCUAUACGGAUGGAAAGGAUUGAGGGUAUGGCAACCCAACAAGUCAAAAGUAAUUUGAGAGAAGAUUCACCUAUUUUGAAAAAGCUUAUCAAGGAAUUGUCCACUCCAAUUCCACAGCAAAGCUCUUCCAGUAGUAUUAUUUCUCUACAGACAUUCCCUGAUAUGAAUAUUAACUCGGUUAAUUUUCGUGAACUAGAUAAUAAGAUCAUCAAUGCCGAAGAUGGUAAUAAAAAAACCAUUCUAGAAGUGAUUUAUGCAUAUUAUUAUUUUGGGAAAGGGUAUAGGUUAUGGUUUGACUAUUAUAAAAAAACAUAUAGUGAGGAUACGUUCAAUUCUCUAGUUAAUGAUAAAAUUCAGAAGCACUUUCCGGACCAGGACAAAGUUUCAGAGGCUAAUCUUAGAAAAAAGAAGGAAAGAGCAAUAAAAAUCUUUAAACUCUUUGAUGGG